CUAACUGGCCUCUCCGCGCUGCCUCCGCAGGGGCCCGGCUUCCGGGCGCGGCCCUCGGGCGGACGGAGCCGGCGGGCGGCGGGGAUGGGCCGCGGCGCUUCGGGAGCCAUCGGGUGCUGGUGGAGCCGGCUGCGGCCGCAGGGAUUGCUGUGAUGAAAUUCAAGAACCCACCUGUGAACAGCCUCAGCCUGGAUUUCCUGACGGAGCUGGUCAUCAACCUGGAGAAGCUAGAGAAUGACAAGACCUUCCGCGGCCUGGUUGUGACCUCGGACUGCCCUGGCGUCUUCUCGUCGGGCUUGGACCUGCGGGAGAUGUGUGGGCGGAACCCAGCCCACUAUGCUGAGUACUGGAAGGCCGUGCAGGAGCUGUGGCUGCGGUUCUACCUGUCCAACCUGGUGGUGGUCGCUGCCGUCAACGGAGUCUGCCCCGCCGGAGGCUGCCUGAUCUCCCUCACCUGUGACUACCGCAUCCUGGCCAACAACCCCAAGUACAACAUAGGGCUCAACGAGACACAGCUGGGUAUCAUCGCCCCCUUCUGGUUCAAAGACACCCUCGUGAACACCAUUGGGCACCGAGCCGCAGAGCGCGCCCUGCAGCUGGGGCUGCUCUUCCAGCCGGCAGAGGCCCUCCAGGUGGGCAUAGUGGACCAGGUAGUGCCUGAGGACCAGGUGCAGAGCACAGCGCUCUCAGUGAUGGCCGAGUGGCUGGCCGUUCCAGACCACGCUCGACAGCUGACCAAGGCCAUGAUGCGAAAGGCCACAGCAGACCACCUGAUCAAACAGCGUGACGCGGACAUCCAGAACUUUGUCAGCUUCCUCUCCAGAGACUCCAUUCAGAAGUCCCUGCAGGUGUACUUAGAAAAGCUCAGACAAAAGAGAGGCUAGUGGCUCAGCUGCCAGAGGCUUUCAGUCCUGUGUGCUCCCCCCACCACAGGAGUCCACCUCUCCCAAGGGAGUCUUAAACAAGGUAUUUUUCUACUUAAAAGUAUUUCCCAGGGCUUUGUUUUGCCGAUCUUCAAUAGAAGGUCCUAUUCCUUGUAACCCAAUGUCCCAAGCCCCGCCCCCCCAACACAUAAAACAGUUGUCUUUGCCUAGCAGGAAGGGAGGCUGGAGGACAGUGUCUGGACUCGGACCCUGAGCUGGCAGGUGGGGCUGUCCUGGGCCUCAGCAAGUGUUUCCUUUUCCAAAGCAGAGUUGUAAAUAAAGUUCUUACGUUAGCCAUC